AUGGAAGAGGGCCUCUCGCCUCGGCUGGGGUCGGCCCACUCGGCCGCCGUGGGCUCGCCGCGAAGCCAUGGUGCCAAGGACUACAGAGAAGAGAUUCGCAACAAGAGGCAAUUGACAGUUAUCCCUGAGCUGCAUGCCCAGGAAUCGCUCGACGCAUUGCCCAUUCGAAUGAGCGAAGCCUGCACCUUGCGACGCACGCGUCCCAAUUCCAACAACCCCGCCCCCUACACAAUCACCAUUGUUGGGCCGAACGACGGGUCGGAGGCCGAGCUGGUGAGCGCGUUCGUAAACAGCGAUGGCGCGCCCCAGCUCGACGCGUCGCCACGCUCGCACCGAGGCGCCAAGGAAAGCGGCGGCGACGGCGCGAGCCAGGAGGCGAUGGACCUCUACCUGUCCUCGUGGAAGAAGAAGUUCAACUUUGCCGGCAAGGAGUACUUGCUGGAGUUGCACGCGGGCCUUCAUACGCAGGCGGAGACCGCUCUCGACAAAGGCGCCAACGUUCACAUUCACGACCAAUUUGAGUCGUCGUCGGGGUUCAUGUUCCUCUACGACGUCACGAGCCGCGAGACCUUCGCCGAAGUGAUGCGCGUGCACAGCCUCAUCGUGCGCUCCAAGAACGUGGAGAAGGGCAAGGCCAAGGGCCUCAUACCCAUGAUCGUCCUCGCCAACACGCGCAAUAGCUUCCAACACCAACAACGCCAGCCGGCCCAGCCACCACCCGGUGGUGACUCGCCCAGCUCGCACCACCCCAUGGUCUCAGUCACUGCGCCCGACGGGUCUGAUGCCAUCGCCUCCAUGAGCGGCGUCAGCGGCGUCGCAGUGUCGGCCAGCGGUGAUUCGGCGACGGCGACGACCACCCAGAGCCCGGAGAGGGAGGUGACGACCGAGGAGGGACUCGAGUUCGCCUACGCGUGCAAUUGCCCGUUCUACGAGAUUUCAUCGACGACCAACUACGCCGACGUGCUCAACGCCUUCCAGCAGCUCCUGGGCGAGAUCAUCAAGGGCCAGCGCACCAGGAAGGCCGCGGCCGACCCGGCCUCCAAGCUCACGCAGCUGGGGGUCAAGGGCAACUGGCGCCGGUCCCAGCUGGCGUCGCUCGUCUCGUCGGCCUCGUCGCCGUCGUCGUACGGCGUGUCGCCGCCGCUCUCCCCGCCGCUCUCGCCUCUGUCGUCGCCGCCGCCGCAGCCGCGAAUCGAACCCGUCCUGCCCGGCUCUGCCCGGGGCGUCGAUGACGACUCAGCGGCGGCUCGAGCCUUGGCGGCCAAGGCCCAGGGCGGCGGCGGCCUGCUGGCCCCGACCACCACCACUUCGUCGUCGUCCGAGGCCAAGGAGGAGCUCCACGAAAGCCUCAAGGACCGACAGAAGGCCUUCCGCUACACGCGGGUCGACGCCGCCGAUAUCAAAUACCUGCCACCGCUGGACGCCGAGCCCAACUCCAAGCCGCGCAUUCGGGCGGCCACGCUGCCAAAGCUCAUCGAGAAGCUGACCUACCCCAAGUACCCCGACACGGAUCUGGUGGCGACCUUCCUGCUCACCUACCGAUCAUUCACGACGCCGGAGGAGCUCCUUCACUUCGUCAUGCGGCGCUACGAGACCACCGCGCCGGCCGACCUCGACAAGGAGGGCCUACGCCUGUGGGAGGCCAGCGAAAUGCUCCCCAUCCGGCUUCGAGUUAUCAACGUGCUCAAGAGUUGGAUUUCGGACCACUUCUACGACUUCUACGACAGCAAGACGCUGCUCGACACGCUCAAGGACUUUGUCGACAAACAGCUGAGCGUGCCCACCAACCUGAAGGGUCCGCUGCAGCAGCUCAAGAAGUCGAUCGAGACCAACGAGAUGGAGCGACGGGCGCGCAAGGAGUACAUGUUCUCCAGCAAGCCGCCCAAGUCCGUCAUCUCCAAGAAGGUCGCCAAGGCCAAGCCGCAGGAGAUCGAUCUACGCGACAUCGACCCAAUCGAGAUGGCGCGUCAGCUCACGCUGAUCGACUACGACCUGCUCAGUCGCAUCACAGCCAAGGAGUGGCUGGCCCACAACGAGUGGGCCACCAACAAGGCCAAGAAGAGGGACGACGAGUCCAAGCCCGCCGCGCCCAACCUCGUCGCCAUGAUAAACCACUUCAACUGCGUGAGCAAAUGGGUGGCCACCGAGAUCGUGAAGUGCGCCAAGAUCAAGCACAGGGUCCUCCUCACGAAGAAGUUCAUCGAAGUGGCCCAGCACUGCCUCAAAUUGAACAACUUCAACAUGCUCAUGGCCAUCGUCACGGGCGGUCUCGGCAACGUGUCCGUUUAUCGACUCAAAUACUCGUGGAAGAGCCUGCCCAAGAAGACGCUGAUCGCGUACGAGGAGCUGCGGAUCCUCUGCGACUCGCUCUCCAACUUCAACAGCCUCCGCACCGCCAUCCGGACCUCAGUCCCGCCCACCAUCCCCUAUCUCGGAUUGUAUCUGAGCGAUCUGAUGUACAUCGAGGACGGCAACGCGGACGAGGUGGAGGGCGGUCUGAUCAACUUUGAGAAGCGGCGGCUCAAGGCGGAGACCAUCAAGGACCUGCAGCACUUCCAGACCUCGCCCUACUGCCUCACCGAGAUCCCCGUGCUCCAGUACUACUUCCGCAGCCUGGACCACCUGAGCGAGGCCGAGCUCUACCGCAUGUCGUGCCUGCUCGAGCCCCACUCGCGCCAGCGCGGCGCCUCCAUCGUCAACGCGCCCUCACGAGGGAUGGCCGACCAGCUGAGUGCGUCGGGGGCGCUCGAUCUGCUGGAGUCGUCCGACGGCGAGAUCCAGGGCGUGUCGUCAGACGAGGACCUGCUGGGCCGCGACGGCGGCGCGCACGCGCUCUCAUCGUCGCCUCCGCCCUCGUCGCCCUUUGCCCAGAUGACCCGCGCCGGCGGCUUCACCCCGUCGGGCCUCAUGCUGUCCCACUUUGAGGUCCCGCUGCGCGCCAAGGCGGCCACGGGCGAGCGCGACACGGAGCGAACGCCGCGGGUGGGCGCCGUCCUGCGGGCGCAGGCCAAGCUGCUCGAGGCCGUGGCCGCCACGUUCUCGUUCGCCGACGUGGCGCGGGCGACGGCCGCCGUCGACGUCCUGCGCCAGUGGGAGGCCCAGGUCGCCUCCCGCAAGCUCUUCAUCGUCAAGGACCACUCCGACUUUGCCGGCCUCGACGGCGACGACGACAGCGGCGGCGGCGGCGCUGAGCUGAAGGGCGACAACUAUUCUGUCGACGGCCAGCAGCGCAAGCAGAACGGGAGCAAGCGCAAGGAGCGCGCCCGGGGCGAAAAGGGCGAAAAAGGCGAAAAGGGCGAGAAGCCGAGCAGCAGCAAGCUGGGCCAGCAUCAGGGAACGGAGGAGGCGCAGCAGCACCACCGUACGUUCGGGUUCGAGGAGGUGCUGAUGGAGUCGCGCGCGGUGGAGCUCGCGGUCGAGCGCUUCCUGCAGACGGCCACGGUCGAGGGCAUCCUGGAGGCCACGCGGGCCGACCCGAUCGGCGGCGGCUGGCUCGCGGCCUUUGAGGCCUUCCUCCACAAGCGGCUGCUCGGCGGCCAGCGACCCGCCUUCGUCACCGAACUCCUCUUUGCCCUCGUCAAGCUUCUCGACAAGGGUACGGCGUGCUUUGAUGCGGCGGCGGUGGCGGGGAUGGUGGGUCUGUACAAGAAGCAGCCGGUCCGGCUCGCCGCGCACUUUGUCACCGACGAGGCCGAAGCCGAGUUGGCCGACCGCCACGACCGCCUCGUCGAGCUCGAAGACCGCGAGGGCGUCCGCACCAUCCAGUCCUACACCAAAGAAGUGCGGCUGGCGUUCCAGAUCCUGAAUCUGGAGAAGCGGAUCCUGCAGGCGGUGAAGACGUCGCGACCCGACGGGUCGAUGCUGUACGAGGCCCUGUGCGUCGACCGCGAGGUGUGGCACCGCACCCAGGAGGUCCUCCUCCACACCCACUCGCCCAAGUCCCCCACCGCCCCCAACCCCUCGGAGCCCAGCGGCGGCCGCACCAGCGAGACCACCCACAAGAUCAUAGGCGAACUCAUCCAACUCGUCGACAAACAGCUCUGCGAGGUGUCGAGGGAGGACAUGCAGCGGUUCAACGAGUCGUUCGAGGACGCGCUGGAGGAGUACUUUGGGUGGAUGGGCGUCUACCUGCGCAAGCUGUGGGACAAGCUGGUCCUCAUCCACAAGCGCACGGAGAAGAUCGUACAGAUGAUGAAGGAGUCCUCCGGCAACAGCCAUUCCGCCAAGGACAGCAACGCGAUCAGCAAGGCAGCGAACGCGUGGCGGGAGAAGGAUCUGGUGCACCUGCACGCCCUCAUCGCGGCUGUGGACCAGGCCGAGACCACCGUCAACAAGUUCCUCGAGAGCUGCCCCGCCUCGUCCGCCGACGGCUUCGACGUGACGGAAGACGAGCUCAAGGAACUGCUGUCGCAGAACAACGUGUUUGAGCAGAUCAUCAAGAUGCGACGACUCCAAAAGACCCUCGAAGAACAACACGCGAGGAUCGCCGACGUGUAA